UACCUUUUUUAUACAGCGUUCUUCGUUCUUCCUGUAUUUUUACCUCCGUUGUUAAAUACUUUAAUUUGUGUGUGUGUGUGUGUAGAAGAAUAGCUGUAUUUCAUCUUUUUGUUAUUAAUAAUAAUAACCUAUGAAAGAUAAAACUAAAGAAUCAGCCCCAGGUGAUGGCAUACGCUCAUUAAGAAGCACGGCGUUAUUUCGUGCUGUUAAUUAUGAGUUGUAUGUCAAGCCGAAUAGGGGCAUAAUGCUUUUUGGGGUUAUGGCAAUGCUUACUUGUUCAGGGUAUUUAUUUUACAUGAGAUAUAAACAUGAUGGCACUGAUUAUUAUGAAUCCGUGCAAGCAGAUGGAAAUAUUACUUUGAAAAAUAAAACUUCCAAAUGGCUAGAUUAAAUUUAUCAAAGUGUUCACAAAAGACAUAUACAUCGAUUUAAUAAGAAUGAUUUGAGAGAAAUCAGAGUUGUAUUGUAAUUU